UUUAAACUCGUUCUUCAGGACUUCUGUCAAUACGUUGCUUACCUUUCGGUUGAAGACGGUAAUAAGGAGUACUGCCUGAGGACCGAGGGGCUAUUCAACAUGUUGGGGAGAAAAAAGAAACCAGAGGCCGUUCGGACUCAAGAACCCAAAGUGUACGAUUCGAAAACCCACGAUCCGCUUCGGAAGCUUGGUGUGUUGGAUGAUGAAGAUGUAUGCCUGAUGCUGCAGGGCUCAAAGAUGGUGAAGGUUCGAUCUCAACGUUGGAGGAAGGACAGGAGUCUGAAACUACUGGAAGAUUGCGUGACUGUGUGGUGUGAGUCUAGCAAGACCUCCCGCAAGGGCCAAAGACAACAGACCUUCUCUGUGACAGAGGUGGAGUGCGUGCGGGAGGGCUGUCAGUCUGAGUGUCUGAGGCAAAUGGCAGGUUUGGUUCCAGAGACACACUGCUUCACUGUGGUGUUCCGUGGAGCCAGGAAGAGCCUGGAUCUUUGCUGUCCCACACAGGAGGAAGCAGAGCACUGGGUUAGAGGCAUUCGCAAGCUUCAAGACCGUGUCUCCAACAUGAGCCAGAAAGAAAAGCUCGACCAUUGGAUUCGAGGCUAUCUGAGACGUGCAGAUGAAAACCAAGAUGGGAAGAUGAGCUAUGACGAGGUGAAACACCUGCUACAGCUGAUCAACAUUGACCUGAACGAACAGUAUGCACGUGCCCUCUUUAAGAAGUGUGAUCGGUCAUGUGAUGGGCGGCUGGAUCACGUGGAGAUUGAGGAGUUCUGUCGUGAGCUCAUGCGCAGGCCAGAGCUUGAUUUAGUGUUCAGGCACUACUCCAGUAACGGCUGUGUUCUCACCACCAUGGAGCUGCGGGAUUUUCUCGGUGACCAGGGCGAGAAUGCAUCACUGGCCCAUGCGCAGAGUCUUAUCAACACUUUUGAGCUUAAUAACUGGGCCCAGAAAAAUCAAUUCAUGACUCAGAACGGCUUCACCAUGUACAUGCUAUCCAAAGAGAAUGAUGUUUUCAACCCUGAUCAUGCACACGUGUAUCAGGAUAUGAGCAGACCACUGGCUGAUUACUACAUCUCUUCCUCUCAUAAUACCUACCUCACUAAAGAUCAGGUCACCAGUGCCAGCAGCACAGAGCCUUAUAUCAGAGCUCUUAAUCAGGGUUGUCGCUGUGUUGAGCUGGACUGCUGGGAUGGUGAUAAAGGAGAACCCAUGAUCUUCCACGGACAUACGCUCACCUCUAAAGUGCUCUUUAAAGAAGUCAUAGAGACCAUCGCUCAGUAUGCCUUCAAGGCGUCUCUGUAUCCUCUGAUCUUGUCUCUAGAAAAUCAUUGCUCAGUGGAGCAGCAGGCUGUGAUGGCCCAGCACCUUCGCUCCAUUCUUGGCAGAAAGCUUCUGAGAAGGCCACUCAAUGAUCUACCCCUCAAACAGCUGCCCUCACCUGAGGAGUUGAUGGGGCGAAUCCUGCUGAAGGGGAAGAGGAGGAGUGGUCUGCUGGGCAAGACUGACAGCUGCACUAGCUUUACAUCGAGCUCAGAUUCAGAGGAGUCAACUGCUGGAGGGGGUGGGAACAAGGGCUCAAACAAAAAGGACCCUGGAAAGCUUGUGAGCUCCAAACUGAGUCCAGAGCUAUCAGAUCUGGUGGUGUACUGUGAGAGUGUACCCUUCAAUGGUUUCGAGACAGCCAAUCAGAGACCUCCUAGUGCGAUGUCCUCUUUCUCUGAGAAUGAUGCGCUUAAACUCAUCAAAGAGUCAGGAAAGCUGUUUGUUCGACAUAACAGUAGGCAGCUGAGCAGGAUUUAUCCAUCUGGCCAGAGGCUACAGUCUUCUAACUAUGAUCCACAGGACAUGUGGAAUGCCGGCUGCCAGAUGGUGGCUCUGAACUUCCAGACACCAGGAGAGCAGAUGGAUCUGAACCAGGGACGCUUUCUGCCCAAUGGAUCCUGUGGAUAUGUGCUCAAACCUGACUUUCUGUGUCAGCCUAAGUCCAGCUUUGACCCUGAGAACACAGGUGGAGGGCCAGGACAUACACCUACACAACUUACUAUACGGGUGAUCUCAGCCCAGCAGCUUCCCAAGAUAAACACUGACAAGCCCAACUCCAUUGUGGACCCACAGGUCUCGGUGGAGAUCCAUGGAGUUUCCAUUGAUAAGGCUCGUGCUAAAACUCAGCGCAUUGACAACAAUGGUUUCAACCCACGCUGGGAUUGCACUCUAAGCUUUCAGUUACAGGUGCCUGAACUGGCCUUGGUGCGUUUUUUGGUGGAAGAUCACGAUCACACAAGCAAGAAUGAUUUUAUUGGACAAUUUACACUGCCCUUCACCAGCCUCCGAACAGGUUAUCGUCAUAUUCACCUGCUAAAAGCAGAUGGCUCCAGUCUGUCUCCCGCCACUCUGUUCAUCCAUGUCAAAGUGAUACGACGAGGAGUUCCUAUUAAAAACAUUUCUGAGUGUAUGGGCAAAGCCUGAUUCUCUUUCAUUGUGAUUCUUGGGAAAGCUCAUUUCUGAAAGUGUGCUCCUGAAGGACAAGCCCCUGAACUGGGCGGUUGAUGUGCUGAAACCACCUAACUGUUCAGAAUGUGACCACCAGACACACAUCUCCAUGAAUCUGAAGAAAGACAGUGUUUGAAGAGCUGUGGUUUAAAGUGCAUUUUGCUUUUUAUUGUCAAUAUUUGGGUUUGUCUGAAGAGCAGAGCAUCUGAUCCGUAACAUCUUACUGAAGUGUUAUGGAGGAAGCUAAAUAUAUUACGAAACCAGUAUUGUUAGAAGUCAUAAGUCAGUAUUGUUUUUACUUUCUGUGGAGACACACAUUUCUGUCUCUGUGAGCCUUGAAUCAGAAAUUUUAACACGUUUUAUUAAACGAUACUUUAAUGUUUUAAUUAACUAAACUAAAACUUUAUUCUGGAAAUGCUGGACAUGAAUUCAAAUAUGCAUUGCCCUUGUUAUAGUCUGUCUAUAACUACAGUUUAACUGUUUUAGAAUUUGAAUAUUGUAAUAUUCAAGAAUUUGAUGUGAGUGAGUUGUGAGAGUGAGAACAGGGUAAAAAUGUGAUGAGGAGAAACAGUCUAUUGAAAGUGUACUGAAAGCAUGAAUGGAAAUGUGAAAGGUUUGAUAACGGUCAUGACUACGUUUUUGUAUGCAAGGAUGUUUGUAACUGAUGUAGACACAAGCAUUUUCAGCAGAGUAAUUAUAGAGAAAAUAUAUUUCUUUUUGUAAUUAACACUUAUUAUGAAAUCAGUGUUUAACACAGUGUCUGAGACAGAAGAUUUCAUUAUUAAAAAUAAAACCAUGCAUUGCACAUGUGCAGUGUCCUAAGCCAUACAAAUGUGGCAAAUUAUACAACUUUUACAUGACUUGUGGGGCUUGUGCUGCAGCAAGUAAAGUAAAGCCCUUUCCCUCUAGAUGCUCCUUUGCCAUUAUAACAUGUAUGCAACCACUUUAAUUUCAUAAGUGAGUUAAAGUGAGACUUUGAAAGGUUUUGGGGUUUCUCUGCUUGUUGUACUUGGAUGAGACAAAUAAUUUGUAAUAUAUUGUCAACUGCUUCUUUGCAGAUGUAAUUUUUCUGCAAACGAGAGGUCUCCUACAUCUUAUAUUUGAAUGUCUUCUUUGUCAUUGAGGAAAAAAAAAUGUGUGUUUGUGUGUGUGAUUGUUUUUAGGAUUACAGACGGAAACAGUUUGUUUUAGUUUUUUGUUCUAGAUUAUGUGUUUUAUAAUACAGCAAAUUAAUUUUAAUUAAUUUAAUAUUAACAUUUUCUUGAUCGAAAAUCAGACAUUGAUUGCAAAUCUCUAUCCUCCAUCCUCUUGCAAUAAUACACAAAUGCCUGCUGUACUGUACACAGUUGUGCCAUUGUGCUGAUUUUUGGUUUUUAAUAAUACGUUUUUAAAAAAUGUAGGGCCUUUCAGAGCAUGCCUACAUUUUAUA